CUCACACCACACAGAUCCAGCAAAGCUACAGGACAAAGACAUGAAGCUCUACGGCGGUUAUAUAAAAGCUUUGCUCUUUCUCAUCAUCUUCAUCCUUUUCAACACCUCAGGUGGAUCAGGUGAAAGUACACUGAGCAAGAUACUGAAGAAAAGAGAUGUCCAGCGCAGACCUGCAGGCGAACUUGUGAUCCCACAGGUUAAAGCUAAGGAAUUCCUAUCAGCUAUCCGGAGACCUCGGAGAAACCUGUGGGACCGCAGCCGUCCAGAUGUCCAGCAGUGGAUCCAGCAGUUCAUGCACAUGGGUUACGAUGAGGCUAGACUUGAGACAGAUCUGGCUUACUGGAUGGACCACGCCAAAGCUAACGAUCAGGGUCGACAGCAUCAUUACGAUGAGAACGCUGCAAUGGCAGGGCAGGAUGCCAGCGCCAUCAGACAUGGAGCCAAUGUCAACUAUGAUUAUUAUUAAUCAUAAUCUUCAAAUUAGUAAAUAAGUACUUCUUGUAAAUGAGUAUUAUUGUUUUCUUAAUACAGCACGGUAAAUAAAUCUAGGCCUUUA